UAUAUAUGAAGAAGUCAUAUGUAUAAAUUAUGUAUAAUAUUUGAAGAAGUAAUAAAAAUUCUGAUGUCACUGAACCUGUACUUGACAUGUACUACACUAAGCUUAUACAUUUGAAUGGAAGGCCAGUACUAACACAGCCACGUCACAGUCAUACUAACCUAGUGUCUGCUGGAAAACUUCACAUUAACAGAAAUGGCAAAUUUUCCUCUCAAUUUAACUUCAAAUUUAACAUUCAGUUGGUUCUGAAGUAACACCAGUAUAUUAAUGAAUGUGAUACAAUUUCAGAAGUUGGUGUUAAUAUCCUUGGCCUUGGCCAUGCUGGCCGUAUCUGGCUUGGCCAGGCCAGGAGGACAUGGAAGCGGAGGCGGCGGUGGCGGCUAUGGAGGUGGCGGCGGUGGCGGCUAUGGAGGUGGCGGCGGUGGCGGCCAUGGAGGUGGUGGCGGUGGUGGCCAUGGAGGUGGUGGCGGCGGCGGUUAUGCUGGUGGUUCUUCAACCAGCGGCUUCAGUUUUGGAGGCCAUGGAGGUGGAGGUGGAGGCCAUGGAGGUGGUGGUGGUGGUGGUUAUGGAGGUGGUGGUGGUGGCCAUGGAGGUGGUGGCGGUGGCGGUUAUGCUGGUGGUUCUUCUACCAGCGGCUUCAGUUUUGGAGGCCAUGGAGGUGGCGGUGGAGGUGGCGGCCAUGGAGGUGGUGGUGGCGGUUAUGGAGGUGGUGGUGGGGGCCAUGGAAGUGGUGGUGGGGGCGGUUAUAGUGGCGGCUCGUCUACCAGUGGCUUCAGCUUCGGAGGUCAUGGAGGUGGCGGUGGUGGCGGUGGCGGCGGCGGUGGCGGACACAGUGGUGGUGGCGGCGGAGGUUAUGGAGCUGGCUCAUCGUCCAGUAGUUUUAGCCUUGGAGGACAUGGCGGUGGUGGCGGAGGCGGCGGCCAUGGGGGUGGCGGAGGCGGCGGCCAUGGGGGUGGCGGCUUUGGUGGUGGUGGUGGUGGAGGCUAUGGAGGUGGUUCUUCAUCAGGCAGUUUCAGCCUCGGAGGCCAUGGAGGUGGCGGCUCUGGUGGUGGUGGUGGCGGCUAUGGAGGAGGAGGCUAUGGAAAAUAA